UGAACGCGCUGGCUUCAGGUGAACGACCUCAAAAAGCCUCUAAAGCCUGAAAAGCUACAUACAGCUACAGUAGAGCACGACUCCCAGGAAUUCGCAGGGAUUGUGAAGCUCGCACAGUGUUCCGCAACAACCGGUCCAACAAGCGACAAUGGCCACCUCCAAAACGACUGGCGCCGUUGUCAAGCUAAAAGGCCCCCGCAGGGGUUCCAGCAAGCCCACGGGAAGAGGCGCGGCGAAGAAACCUAUCCCCAAAAUCACCUUCAAAGGGGGUGCUGGCGCCCACGAUCAAGAUAACGAGGAGGCACCGCAUGAGGAGCAUUUCAUACUACGCAUGCCCGCGGGCGAGCCAGCCCAGAAGCUGCGCGAGGCCGUCCGUGCCCGUGAGAUCUCGGACGAAGUCUCCGUCGUUUUCCAAGACCCCCGGCAGGCGACGUUCCGUUUAGGACCGAACGAGAACUAUUCCGCAAAACUUAUGGACUUGCCUUGUAUCAUCGAGUCCCACAAGACGUUGGAUAACAAGCAGCUUUACAAGGUGGCGGAUAUUUCUCAGAUGCUUGUUGUAGAAGGGCCGCCUCAACCGGAUGGUGUGAAGCCGGCUCCGGUUCAGCCGUUGCAGCACGAUGAGCAUACGUGGCCGCAUGGGUUAUCGGCUCCGUUGUAUAACGUUCGGAAGAGGAGGUUCAGACAACGUAUAUCGAAAAGGACUAUCGAGGAUGUUGAGCGCGAAGUCGUACGCCUUCUGGAAGCUGACUCGAACGCGGAGCAAGUACUGUUCGAGGUAGAUGACGGCAUAGACCGAAACGCUGCUGAAGAAGACGGGGACGAGGAUCAAGAUGAGGACGAAGAGGGCGACCUUGAUGCGGAUCCGGACGCCGCAGGCUCAGAUGACCCCGAGAUGGGCGCCGAAGAUAAUGAAGCGGAUGCCGCGAAUGCGGAUAUGGACCUUGACGACGAUGGGCUGGCGGCAGAUUGGGAAGAUGCAGAUAAUGAGAACGACGUGGAAAACGAACGGAAUGGCGAUGAGGAAGGCGAGGAAGAUGAAGAUGAGGAUGGUGACGAUGAAGACGACGAAGACGAGAAUGAUGAAGAGGAUGAGAAUGACGAGGACGAGGAAGACGGGAUGGCGCUGGAUGCGUCACCGGAGAAUCAAGCCAGACGGCAAGAAAUCGACAACCUGCUGGCCGAGAUUAACGACCUGAACCUGCGCAUCGAGGACAGUCGGCAGAAAUUGUUAACUCAGGUCAACCCUAUCAUGCGGAAGCGAUUUGAGGACACCAUCGUGCGAUUGACGGCGCAGCUGGAUGAAAGGAGGAACCAGCUUGAACAGAUUCAUCAAACCGAUGCGGCGUAAUACGAUAUCAACGAGUUGAACUUCUACGUUGACCAUCUGGGCCAGCAGCAGACGGGCUUUGUCCACCAAGAAAACUUGCGACAGAUCGAGGGCACUUCGCCAGCAUGAGAUUGCGCAACACCAGCUCCGCCAACACUUCAUGCUCCAUCCAUCCCCCUGCGAUUUGCCCCCGUCCGCUUCCUAACAUACAGCCGGCCGAGGAAAACGGAGACGACGUGGAUCAUACACCACCCCGCCCCAUCAAUCCAGAGUAUCUGGAGAUGUCCAAGGACUAAGUCUUCCGUCCACCAUAUA